UAGCAACUUUCCCACAUCUGGAAAAAAGGUUCCCGUUCUCUCAAACGUUGCGUGAACGCAGUCUGGUCGUUGGCUGCCAUGGUAACCGCCAGACGCCUAGCUAACAUGGCGUGGGAUCCCGCACCGAUAAUCACAGAGGCUAACAUAAAUAGCAUAUUAAACGCCAAAUUUCGUGAUAAAUAUGUAUUUAUGGGGCUGCUUUACUCAACAUUCAACUAGAUGGGCAUCGCUUUAUACGAGUUAAAUAUGUUUGUGAGCUUUUUCUCUUAUUAGACCCGAGUUAGCAUCCGCGUUAGCGGUUAGCGUUUAGCUAGCGGGUGUUACGUUUAAAUCCGUACUCAUGGCUUUUUAUGAAGUCUACUCUCACCCGGCCGUGGUUCGGUACAAAACCAGUGUUUGUACAACAGCUACCUUAUUUCUGGUUGUUGUUUUAUGCCUUACGUACAUCCCACCGCUGCUGGUUGCAUACAGGAGUCAAGGUUUCUGGAUAAAACGAAGCACUUACGAAGAACAGCCGGUUGUGAGGUUCCAGUAUGAGACUUUGCUGUUAGCAGCAACCAGUGCUCAAGGACAUUAUGUUGCCUGGAGCACUUUCCCUUUCCUUAACAACAUGCUUGGGACCAACCUACGUAUCCCCACUAUCUCUGUGAGAGAGGAGGACUUGAACCAGGAUGGGAAACUGGACCGUUUGAACCUGCAACUGCAGCUUCCGCUGAAACCUGAUGAACAAGUUUACAGCAUUCAGCUGCUGCUCACCUUCAGCUACCAGCUCUUUCGGAUGUCGACAGUGGUGAUGCAGAGUCUGGCUUAUGUGCAGCACUCCUCACCUGUACCUGGAGUUAAACUGUUCAUCAGUGGAGACCUGAGGCUUCAGCAGAGGACACCGCUUCCUCAUCGGGGCCUGUACAACAUCUACAAUGUGUCAGUGAUCGAUGGCACCAGCCCCUUUGCAAGUUCCUAUGACCUCAGCAACAUUAUCAGGAGCUACCAGGAGAGAAACGUAACAACUGUGCUGUCUUGUCCAAUGCCAGUGUGGACUAUAGGACAUGCUGCUGGUUCACCUUUUGAGCUUAACGCUGAAAUCCGCUACCCGCUGGAGCUCAUCAGUUAUCGUCCUGGCUUCUGGGAAACCAUCAAGUUUGCUUGGAUCCAGUAUGUCAGCGUUCUCCUCAUCUUCUUGUGGGUCUUCAAACGCAUCCAGAGAUUUGUCUUUCAGAACCAGGUUGUAACAACCGUACCCAUACCUGUAGGAAAACCUCACCUGUCGUGAUGCAGAGCUGAAAGUUUAUCUUUUAGGUUUUGACCAGAUGACACCUUUUGUCAAUUUGCUUCAUGUCUGUAAUGUUUGUUCUUUGGACUUCUUGUUGUUGAUUCAGCUAUAUGUUAUUGUCUAAUCUGUUUAUUCUGUAGGCUUAAGCAUUCUAAAAGAUGUUGUUAUAAGAUCAUAUACAUCCUGAUCUGCAUCGGGGAACAAACUGUUCUUCUUUGUCACAUUAAAACAACUUACACAUCGUAGAUAUUACAAAUCCUAUGUUAAAUUACGUGAGUUUCAACAGUUUAGUAACUUUUUUCAUCUUAUGUAGAUUUUUCAACUUUUUUCUUAUUUUUAAAUCAUUAAAAAAAUUUUGUUUGAUUUUAGCGGCUCAGUUGUAAAGAACAUAAGGAUAUAUUUUCUAUAUUGUUUUUUUUUUUACACAUUUGAAACUGGUUUUGACAAAAAUAAAGACUUUUUAAACUUA